AGUCGCUUGCCAAGCCGCCCGCGGGAGGAGAAGCAGCUCCCUGCGCUCGACAGGAAGGGAAAAGGCGACCUCGCGAUUUACGAACAACUUACGGGUACAUUUAUUGCUUUUCAAGCUCUUUCUGCUGACUUUAAGUAUCUUAAACCAGCUAUUCCUUACUCAGACCGAUCGCAGUUCUGCAAGCCUGAUCCCAUACUCGUUUCAUCAAAAAUCGUCUGCAAUGAAUACUAUUGACAUGCCUCCAAUAUUCAGUCUUGUGGAUGUGGAGAAUCUCAAUGAAACCAAUGUAACCUGCAACAAUGGAGAGUGUAUCACCGUGGACACCUUGUUGUGCCCAAAUGUGCUUAACAAAACUGCUCUGCUUUAUACCCUCUCCUUUUUGUAUAUCUUUAUUUUUAUGAUUGGCUUAGUGGCCAAUUUUGUGGUUGUCUGGAUGAAUUUUCAAACAAAACUUACCGGCUAUGAAACCCACUUAUACAUCUUCAACCUUGCGGUGGCUGACCUUUGUGUGAUCAUCACUCUUCCCAUCUGGGUAGUCUCCUUUGUUCAACACAGCCAGUGGAACAUGGGGGAAAUCUCAUGCAAGAUAGCUCACCUGGUGUUCUCCAUCAAUCUAUAUGGCAGCAUCUUCUUCCUGACAUGUAUGAGUGUGGACCGGUACCUCUCAGUUGCUUUCUUCAAACCCGCCAGCAGUGUUAAAAAGAAGAGACUCCGCUAUUGCACUUGCAUUUUGGUAUGGCUCUUUGCCUUCUUUGCAGCCCUUCCUGAUACCUAUUACCUUAAGACGGUUUCCUCCAACAAUGAAACCUAUUGUCGCCCUGCCUAUCCAGAAGAGACUGCAAAGGAGUGGCUAGCUGGCAUAGAGCUAACCUCUGUUAUUUUAGGUUUUGUCAUUCCUUUUCCUGUCAUUGCUAUUUCCAAUUGUCUUUUAGCCACAGCUGUAUUGGCCUCUAAUGAUCAAGAGAGGAAGCGUAAUGUGAAAAUUAUUUUUUCCUAUGUCCUUGUAUUUCUUGUCUGUUGGCUGCCCUACCACAUAGUUGUCCUGCUUGACUUCUUGUUGGCCUUCCAUUUUAUACCCUUUAGUUGCCAAAUGGAGAACUUCCUUUAUGCAGCCCUUCACGUUACUCAGUGCUUCUCUCUGGUUCAUUGUUGCAUCAAUCCCAUCCUCUAUAGCUUUAUCAAUCAAAACUAUAAGUAUGAACUCAUGAAGGCAUUUAUUUUUAAAUACUCAGCUAAAACUGGCCUUACAAAACUGAUUGAUACUUCCAAGGUUUCAGAAACAGAGUACUCUGCUUUGGAGCAAAAUGCUAAAUGAUCAUUGCUUUUCAAAAGACUUUGCUGGGGAAGCAGAUUACUCCUUCCUUAGUUUACUGAACCUUGACUACAUGAUAUUCAUUUUAAUAUAUAUAUAUAUUAAAAAACAGAUAUUUUGCAGUUGUAUUGGAAAGAUAAAUAUAUUCAACCAUGUAUUUGGUUAAAUUGUGAGAGUAUAAAAUACUGUAGUUUUAAUAUUGGAUCUUCUUUUCUAUUGUAAGAAUAGAUUGCAUAACAAAUGAAAAUUAUAUGCAUUUUAUGUUGAAGUUUUCAACUUUUGUAACAACAUAGUUGUAAUUUGUUUUAAAAUAUUCAUUAUUGUAUGUUAAUAGGUUUCAUGAUCUUUGUCUAUUUGUUUCUUUCAGUGCCUCAUCUUCCUAUUUGUAAAUUAUUUUUCAAAUACUAUCUUGGACGAUAAGAUGCAAGCAAUACAGUAUGCUAUUGGGGCCCCCAGAUGUACCUGAUAUUUAAUUUUAAUUUUUUUUGAAUCAAAAAAAGUAUUCCUGGUGACUCCACUGUAGUUUCAUAGACAACACUACAGAAGGGUUUGCAUUGGUUCUCUUCUUCAGUUCCUUUUCUAAAGGGAUUAUAACCUGAUAUUCCCUGGAAGUCUUCCAGGAGCAAUCAGAACAGAUUCCUACUUAGCCAAAAUAGUAUAGAGUUCUGAAUUCUAGAUUCAGAGCCAAAUCACCCCCCCCCAAAAAAUGGUUUGCUUAUAGCAGGGGUCCCCAACCCCUAGUUCCUCAGCCCAGUGCUGGACUGCAGUCCAUUGGGGAAUGGGACCAUGGAAGUAUUGGGCAUGCAUGUGCAAAGCUGCCUUUGUGAAAGUGGUGCAUGUGUGCAUACAAUACCAUCCCCUCUUACCCCUCGUGGCCGCCACCAGUCUGCCAAGCCAGAAAGGUUGAAGACUGCUGGCUUACAGUGUCCUGCUUGUGACGCACCUGCAUCAACUAGUUAUGAAUGGAUUCAAAAUAUUGAUGAACAGGAUGCCUUCAAAGUAGUUUUUAUCAGCAAUUUUCUUGUCACAAUCAUAUAGACUUAUUGUUCAUGUGUGUGAGUGUGCACACAUGUAUAUGCUUCUGAAUAUAAUUGGUCUCUGUAGUCCAUUUGUAUUCUUUUUCUGAUCCUAAAAAUAUCCAAUAAACAACA